AAGGUCGCAAGGGACAUGCUGAAGCUGAACUUGGACGUUGCCUUGCGCUGUUCAACAUAUAUAGCCACAUGCUUCUUAUCCCCAGCUAAUCACUUUGACUUUAUCUUUCAACCUCAUAAUUCUGCAAAGAUUUCUCAAAUGGCAGUGGGAGAAGUCUUUCUUGCGGCAUUCCUUCAGUUGCUGCUGAACAGGUUAACGCCUCGGGAGAUCCUGGGCUACUUUGGAAGCUUGGGAGGAGUUGGCAAAAAGCUGCAGAAAUUGAGGGAAACACUGUCCGCAGUUGCAGCGGUGCUUUACGACGCAGAGGAUAAGCAGCUGACGAGCAAGGCAGUGGAUCUGUGGCUGAAUGAUCUCAGACACUUGGCUUACGAUAUCGACGAUCUACUCAACACCUUUUCUACAGAGAUGUUAACACGCAAGCAGCUCAAGGUUCACCAAACUGGCACAAGCAAGGUACGAGGCUUCUUUACCAAAGUUCCUCACAAAGUUAAGUUCAAUUUCAAUAUGAAGUCCGAAAUAGACGAGAUUGCUAACCGCUUGCAAGACAUAUUUGACCGGAAAGAGAAACUCGGUUUGAAAUAUAUUGAGCAUGCCUCUACUUCAACAUCAUCAUUGCAAAGGACACCAAGUUCGUGUGUGUUGGAUGGACCUGUGGUUGGGAGAGAUGAAGAAGCAAGAAAAAUAGUGGAGUUGUUGUCCAGAGAUGCAGAUCCUUCUUCUCCCACAAAUUAUGAGGUUGCUGCCAUUGUUGGUAUGGGAGGACUGGGCAAGACAACGCUUGCGGGACAAGUCUUCAAUGAUGUAGCUGCAAUGGAACAAUUUGAUCUCAAGAUCUGGGUUUCAGUAUCCGAUGACUUCGAUCUUCAAAUGGUGACGAGAACUAUUUCUGAAAACGUCACAUCUAGGCCAUGUGAUGAUUUCAGUCGACUUCAAGAUAAUCUGAGCAAGGCGAUAGAUGGUAAAAAGUUUUUGAUUGUUUUAGAUGAUGUCUGGAGCACGUGUGGUUAUGAUUCAUGGACAAAACUGCAAGCUCCCUUCCGUGGGGGAGCUAAGGGAAGUAGGAUACUGGUGACAACACGUGAUGAAAAGGUGGCAGCAUUGAUGGGAGCCCCAGCCGCUGAAGUUUAUUAUUUAAAUACUCUAUCGGAUGAAGGUUGUUUGCAACUAUUUGAACAGCAUGUUAGCAAUGACAGGCCACCAAAUUUUGACUUGCUUAAGAAGAAAAUUAUUACGAAAUGCAAUGGAUUACCAUUGGCUGCAAAAACUCUUGGUGGUGUUUUACGCUGUAAAGAAACUGACAAAUGGGAGGAAAUACUGAAUGACAAGUUAUGGAGUAUAUCAGAUGGGAGUAAUAUACUCCCAGUACUCAGAUUGAGUUAUAAUUAUCUCCCUUCAACUUUGAAGAGGUGCUUUGCCUAUUGCUCAGUACUUCCCAAUAAUUAUGAAUUUGGGAAAAACCAAUUAAUCCUUCUAUGGAUGGCAGAGGGUUUCCUUGAGCAACCAGAAGGAACCAAAGCAAUGGAAGAUAUUGGUGACGAAUAUUUUGGGGAGCUAUUGUCUCGGUCAUUCUUUCAGAAUUCGGGCAAAAACAGUUCAUACUAUGUAAUGCAUGACCUUGUUGGUGAUUUGGCACGAUGGGCUGCUGGAGACACAUUUUGUAGAUUAGAGGAUAAACCGCAUGGUAGAUGUUCUCCAACGACUCGUCAUCUGACUUACAUUUCUGCGGGACUGCGGUACAACCUAACGCGGGAGGAGGAGUGUCGCAUUGCUCGUAUCAGAGGCUGUUGGCGGAACCGUAACCUGCUGGACUUCAGACUUCUGACUGGUUGGGAUUUGCUGGUCGACCAGAAACUUACUCGCUCCAUUGAAACUCCGCCAGGAAAUAAGUCGAGUCGCGACGCUUUCGAAAAAGCAAUGGACCGCGCCGAGGUGGACAACUAUCUGGAGACCAUGUAUGCCGAAGGGCUGGCAGCCCAACAGACGCUGGUGAACCCCGAGACACUGGCGCUGAGCCAGUCAGAAGUUCCGGUAGUGCUGCCAAUGCCACAUCACUCCCAUCUUGGUGAGGAUGGCCUGCCGGUAGUGCAGGCGGGAGUUUCAGUGUGUGGCGGGAAGAAGGGAGGCGCUGCGGCUGGGCAGCAGAAGGAUCGGAUGCCCGCCAAUAGGCGUGGUCCUCAAAAGGAAAAGGCGGUGCCGCCGGCGGAUGCUGUCAUUGCAGCAAGGGAGGAACCGCCGGUGAGGGUGACAAAGACUGCCGCCGGGAACCAGAGGGCGCCGGAGAGAAAACGUCGGCAGGCUGACUCCCCUGACGAGGAAGAGGGGGAGGACGUGGAGGUGAUCAGCUCGCGCCAACAGAAGAGGGCCCGAGGAGCUCCGUCGAAGACUGCUGUGGUGGAGGGAGAAGAGCCCGCCGCCAACGAGCUAGACUCGUUUGCCGAGUACGCACCGUUCAUGACAGGCGGGGAGCGGGAGUUUCUCUUCCACCUAUGCGAACGGCUAGGGUUCGGCGGCCUAGCGGGUAUCUCACGCCCGACAGCAAUUGACCAAUCGCCCUUUAACUUGGCGUUUGGGCAAAUAUCGGCGGGACUGUACGACAUGUUUGCGGCGGCGUCGAAGCAGCCCAUGGUCGAGGGGGAGCUGCGGGAGGAAAUUCAAAGUCUCCAGAGGGAGUUGGCGGAGGCUAAGGAGAAGCUGGCGGAAGCAGAGCGGCGCCUGACGAAGGCAGAGAGUGACCUUGCCGAUGCCCGCGGUAAGCUCCGCGUGGCCAUCGAGCGCGACUUGGAGAGGAAUGACCGCGUCUCCAAGUUGGAGCGGGACGUUGCGUUGCUGGAGGAGCGGAUUGCCGCCAAGGAUAAAAAACUUAUUAUCGUCCAGCGGGAGUCUGCCGCCCGGGUGACGGAGUUGAAGCGGUUAGAAGGUGAGGUUGCUCGUCUGAGAGCUGAAGGGAAUACCGCUGCGGCAGCCGCUGUCGAGGCAUUCAAGCAGUCUGCCGAGUUUAAGAAGGCGAUGACUGAGUCGGCGAAGGCCGGGGCCCUGGCAAACAUAGAUAUGCUGAAGCGGAAGGGUGCCAUCGACUUUGCCAAAGCGUCGCAGCCUGAUGUGCCGCCAACCAGGAGUACGCCGCCGGUGAAAACUGUCGUGGCAGCCCCAGUGGGAGGCGCUCGGUCAGGGAGCGGGGAAAGUGGUGCCCAUCCGGCGGAAGACUCCCAGCAGACUCCCAACCCCACCCCAUCAGAGGUGUCGCGCGCUGGUUUCUUGGCGGCGCACACCCGUGCAGAUGGUACCAUAGAGACCCCGAGCCCGACAGCGCGAGGGUCCGAUCAGACUAGUCGAGCGGUCGUGCCGCCGCCCGCCGGAGCAGAAGAUGCCGAAGAGCACCCCUGA